UUACGCACAUUUGUUUUUACAUGGUUAUGUUAAUAAGACUCCAACAAAAUCCAAAGCAAAAGACAAGGAGCCUCCGCGGAAAAUCGAGUCAGUUGCAUCAAUAAAACAGAUGCAUGCUAAAGAGAUUGAAGAUGUCAGUAAGGGUAAGAAGCCUGAAAAGGUUGUUGCUAAGAUCGCGGCUAAGAAAAAACCUAAUCCCAGUAAGUUUAGGUCGUGCCUUUUAACUUCUUUAGAACUCUCUGAUAUUCCGCAAGGAAACACCCGUCUUGUACCUAUGGAGGAAGAUGUGUUUGGUAUUGAGCAUCAAGAAACAAUUGGUAUGGAGGAUUUUGAACAAAUUUUUGAACAUACGCAAUUAGGCCUCAGUGUUAUUGAUACAUACAUAAGGUUUUUGUAUGAAAAAUUGAUGCACCUGACUGGAUUGAGGCAAAGAUUCGCUUUCUUAGCUCCCUUCAUUACCAACUUAGGGUUAAUCAUAUCUAAACCGGAUGAAGUCAUGGCGUAUGUACUCAACCGUUUUAUGGCCAGCAUAAAUUCAGAAAAGUUGUUCUUUCUACCAUUUAAUACCGGCAACGGUGGACAUUGGUUGUUGGUCGCGAUUAAUCCUAUCAGUGAAGUUGUAUAUUUUCUGGAUUCCUUACACAAUCCAGUUAGUACAUACGAAGCUAUGAAGAAGUUGGUUGAUACCGUUAUACAAGUUUUUCGAGCACAAAGAGGAAGUCAAGUACCAAAGAGUAAAGCCAACAACAUCACAUGGAUUCAAGUGGAGUGUCCUGGGCAGCGUAAUGAAGUAGAUUGCGGUUUUUACAUGUUGCAGUUUAUGAAAGAAAUUCUUCUUUCGAAUCAAAUAGAGAUUCCGUCCAAGUAUUUUGAUGACUUCAAGUGUGCUACUUACUGA